AUGGCUCUUAUGAAGCUAAGUGACAGGAUGUCUCUGCAGAUGAAGACAGUUGGAAAGGAGCAACAGUUUACUGAGAAAAACAAUGGCUUUCUCCAAAAUACGGAUGUGGCUGAAGGUGCAAUGCAGAAUUUGCAGAGGGAAUUUACCAAAAUGGACCGCAUAUUGGACAGAUCAGAUGAUGAGAACAACAUUUUCUCUGAAAAGCCUCAAAGUGACUUCCAUCAUGUGACAGAGACUACAAAAUGGAAUAUGCCGGAGCUGGGUGCUGAGCAUCACCAGGACCUGAAGAAAGAUCAGGAUGAGCAAGAAACAAAUCAGGUUCAACAUGAGGAUCCUCAAGUGCCCACAUCUUUGCAGUUUUCAGAGGAGAGCAUCCCUGAACUGAGUCAGGAGAACACGCUCUUCCAGCUAAACCACUGGAAUAUACAGAUGGGUUUACAAGUGAGAGAACUUGGAGCUGAUCACAUAGACUGGAUGGAGAAAAUGAACAAUAUUAUGCAAAAAAUAAACCUAACAGAAAACACAGUGAAGAGCUUAUUAAAUGAGGUGGUGUCCCUGGAGGGCCACAUUGAAAAGCUGGAGUCACAAAAGGACUUUGACCCUGGUAAGGGGGCAAACAUUGAGGAGAAGAUCAUGGAAAUUAAGAAGCAAUUAGAAGAAAUGGAUAACAAAUGUGUCCAGGAAGAUGCUUGUAAUGAAGCUCAUGCAUUAAAGGAGAAACUCAUUGCAAGAAUAAAGAACUUUUACAAAGACAUGACUCUGCUGAAUACAAAGCUGGGGAUGUACCAAAAGCAAGAGGGGAAAACAGACUCUCAGAGUCCUGAAGAAAUGGGAGUGGAAGAAAGAGAACCUCUGCAUCCUCAGGCUCCAUCCCCCCCUUUAGGGGAGAAUGCUCCUUCUGGCAUUACAAUGUGGAAACGUGCACUGAGGAUUUUCAUCAUGUUUUAUGUCCUCACCUUCACUGGACUUUCAUGUUACAUACUAUUUUUUGAUGCUACAUUUAUCUUUGAAAGCCUGCUCCCCACAAUGCUUGGGCACCGCAGAAUGUGGGAACUACGGGAGAUCAUCAGGCCUUUCUUGAACUUGCAAGCAGAAGACUUGUUACCCUCCUAA